AUGCAUCCAUCAUUACAUGUCCAUGCGAGCCAUCUUGCCAACCUCGUCCCACUCAAUGUCUCCGCCCACCGACCCCAUGCGCUGGUCAUUGCAGGCUUUCUAGACCGGGCGAAUGUUCCAGAGGAAGUCGUUGCGUUUAGUGCUUGCAUACUCGACUCCCUCUCGUCGCGCUUUGCAGCCAGCUGGAGGGAUGCUCUGGCUCGCAGCGACUAUGCUCGCGAGCUGCACAAGAUGCUUCGCACAGACGCGUCGAGGCAGCCGGUGCAUGUCAGCCCUGACGUGAUUGUGCUUGCUGCGCUGUCGCUGGCCCAUGGCUGGCUGGUGGAUCGGUUGCGGUCGAGCAGGCAUUGGAGCGUGAGGGAGAGUGCGGGCCUGUUCUCCGUGCAGGAGAUUGAGGCGACCAAGCGGGCGAUUCUGUCGGACAUGGACUAUGGCCUGUUUCGCAUCUCUGAUGACCUGGUCCGGCGACGGCUGAGGGAGAUGCAGCGCACGAGGCCGACCGAGGAGACGGCGGCCGGGCCAGCUUCGAGGGGCGUGAAGAAGAGCCGAUCACGAAACUUGUCGCUCAGUCUGGCGGGCACGGCGCUUUGGUGCCAUGGUGUGCAGACUCCUGAGCCCAGUCCUUGA